AGAGAGAGAGAGAGAGAGGGAGAGAGCGCGCAGCAGAGUCGCGAGAGAGCAUCGAGCAAAAUGGACGCCUUUGUGUCUGUUUUCUUGCGAGCCGCGCUAUAAAUAGUGGCCCCGACUGCGCGCGCGCGCGCCCCCGCGAUUGCCGCCCCCGAGAGAGGACAAGUCCCAGGGCCCGGGCCGUCAAGCCCAGCCCGAGAGCGAAUUCCGUCGUUUCCGCGCAGCGUAUACACACACACACACACACACGCAGACAACAGAGAGAGAGAGAGAGAGAGAGAGAGAGAGAGAGAGAGCGCGAGCAAGUAGCUGGUAUAGCACCACCGCCGCCGUCGUCGCCGCAGCCGCCGCCGCCACCGCUAGACUUAUUCGAGGAACCAACCGCCUGCGUCUGCUCCCCCUAGGGGACCAUGCAGUCGCUCGUCCGGCUCUGCUGCUGAGAUACACAUAGCACCACUGCUCUUGUGCUGGCUCUUCGCGCAGUCCUUCCUUCCUCAGCUGCGAUUUUCAUCAGACACCAGGUGUACAGUCAUGGACCGACUGCCGCAAGACCCGAGGGCCUCUUCAAAAUUUGGCUGAUAUGGCAGUGUGCUCGCAACAUGGGAACCUGAGGCCCUGAGAGAGCUUGGGCUUCCUCACCCAGCUGCACUCCUCCUCGGUGCAGUCACUCUCCUCGAACAGUGCCAGUGCGUGUCUGUGUGAGAGUGCACCCGUGACUUAUUGACUCGCGCAGUGUGAGACAGUGCAGGUUUAUUAUUGUUCUUGUUGCCCGUUGAUGUUGUUGUUACAUACUGAGAGAGAGAUAGAUAGAAUGCUUGUCUAUGCUGCUGCUGUUGUUGUUACGCUACUCUUGUGACUUGGAGACUGUGUGAGAACUUCGCAAACGGCCAGGUCAGAUGCCAGAACAAAUUCAGAGCAAAAUGAAUGGGGUAAUACCAAGCGUACCAAUUACUACCCUCGCGGGAAUAGCGAGUCUGUCGGAUCUGUUGCCUGAAAUGCCCUUGCCCACACCGCUGCCUCAGACUUUGACCAAUAAAUCUCUGCUGUUUCAUCCCAGAGUGGCGGACGAGGCACAGAUCCUUCUGAGCAUGCGGGACGAAAAUCUGGUGCCACAGCUGAUCAUGUCGCUUUCCCAGACCUCGGCUGAUCACAUCGAGCUGAAAGAUCACUACGCCAAUAUGGAGCAACCACUGGAAUCCCAACAGGAUGCUCCUGAACUUCUGAAAGCAAUCUUGCAAACUAACCCACACGUCUUUAAGGGACCUCAGUAUAACUCUCCCAGAAAUUGGCCCCAACAGCAGAGCCAGCAGAUGAGUGGAAACUACGAGAACUUCUCACCUUCUUACUCCAACUCCUCCAACUCCAGGCAAACGCCGCAGGGCAGCCCUGCUUACAUGCCCAUGGGCAGAUCAAUGUUACCUGGUGGAAUUCCACACGCGCAGCAUCCCAGAAUGCCAGUGGCGCCACAGAAUCACACAGACGUUACUCAAAGUAGUCCUUUUACCGUGCCUUCGCCGUCGCCCCGCGCGACUGUCAUAACAGAACAAACAAGGACAUCAACUACCCCUCAGCACAUGAUUGAAGAUACUCAUUGCUUGAACAGCGUUACUGCUCAGUUCAACAUGCACUCGCCGGCGCACAUGAGCACACCCAGCCCACUACUAUCUCAUGGGAAUGUUACUCCGCAGCACCAUCCAAUGUCCAGUGGGUUGACACCUCAGCACAACAUGCAGCACAUGACACCGCAGGCUGAAACUGGCAUUCCGGUAACUCAACCACAUCAUCAAAUGCAGCCGCAGCAUCAUCAGCUGCACCAGCCGCAUCAAAUGCAGCAGCCAGCCAUGAAUAUGCAUCAACAAAUGUUUGAUUCCAUGCUGAACAGACCACUGCAUCAGCCUCAAUUGUCACAGGCUAUGGAUAUCGAACACACGCUGCAUGAUAACCAACAAUUUCUGCUUGAUCAGGUUACCGGUCUUCCUGAAAUUGACCUACCAAUCGGUAGUUUGGACACCAAUCACAGUAGGGAAAUGAUGUCCAAUCCCAUGGCACCUCAACCUAACAUGUUUGACAGUUUAAACAUUAGCACAAACUUGCAUAAUGCCAUGGUGCCUUUGCCUGAAUCUGCACCAACGACAAUUCCAGCAACUCAGCAACCCCAAAUACCUUACCAGCAUCCGCUGCAGGGACAGCAGCACCAUCCACAGACGCCAUUGGAACAUCAUACUCAAAAUCAAGAUCAUAUUCAACAACCACAACCUCAGCAAGUACAACAACUACAGCCACCCCAGCAGCUGCAACCAGUGCAACAACAAAAUAAUGUCUACGAAAAAGACCUCAAGAUUUCCUUGAAAGAGCCAGUUAUCAUGUUGAACAGGUCUUUAGCAGACCAAGCACUCAUGAAAAGGAAUAUGAAUGCAUCCAACGAUAAAUCUCUUGGACGCUCAACGAGACACAGUAUAUCGAGUAAAGACCGCGAUGACAAAUCUAUCAAGUCCGAGUCAGACAGUGAAGAAGAAAUCGGUAGAAAUAACAAGUACUUCAAAGCUAAGGCAAAAGAGCGUCAAGCUCAGAAGGACAGGGAUAAGUCUGACAAGAAGAAGAAUUCCGAUGAUAAGCGAAUAUCUUCUGCCAGAAGAAAACGAAUGAUCAGCGAUGACGAGGACGAGGAAGAUGAGGAACAGCAGGAAGACAAAAAAGAUGGUUCCUUCUCGCCGCCGAAACCCAAAAUUCGCAAAUUCGAGAAAAAACUUGUUCCUGUGCUACCAAAGCUUAGUGUGGAGGAGCUUAUGGAAACCAAUACCUAUAAGCGAUUCAACACGUUAGUAGAGACAAUCUUCGAAAACACGGAGGAAGCCGCGCUUGAUGACAUCGACGACAACGGCGAUGUACCUCAGGAAUUCUUAAUCAACGAUCACCAGUUGCAGAUAUUGUGUUCGGAGGCAGCUAAGUUAAAGUCCCAAGGGGCUAUGGAAUCCGUUCCAUCUGACAAAUUGGUGAGACUUUUGAACAUUCUCGAGAAGAACAUCCGCGACAACGCCGAAAUCACACCGCUGGCCGAUCCAGACGACAACGUCGAACAGAGUCGGCUGUGGAUGCAAAUUGCCAUGGGCCGAGUCCAGCAGGCCGUGGACGCUUCCCUCGUCUGUUUGCACAUAAUGACGUCGAGCAAUAUGCCAAAAACGAUAUACCUGGAAGACGUCAUCGACCGAAUAAUCCUGUUCGUCAAUUACCAACUUCAGAACACGAUCUAUCCCUCCUACGACCCCGUUUACAGAAUAGACUCAAAAAAUAAGACUGACAAUUUUAACUCUAGUGGCCGUAAAAAGAGGAGUCAUGCCAAGGAGGUCAGAGAGAAGAAUCUUCUCAUGGUCUACAGCAAACUGACCGAGCUCGUCGGUCUGCUCGCCGAACUGUUCAACAUCCAGGUUCUCACCGACACCAGUGUCCUACACGCUUCGACACUCGGCGUGGCACCGUUCUUCGUCGAGAACGUCAGCGACCUGCAACUCAGUGCCCUUAAACUCGUCACCAACAUCUUCACCAAGUACGACAUGCACAGGAGAAACCUCCUCGACGACAUACUAGCCUCCAUCGCGAGACUUCCCAGCAGCAAGAGGGGUCUGCGGACGUACAGGCUGAGUACCAACCAGUUCAUACAGAUGCUUACGGCCCUGGUGCUGCAGCUGAUUCAGUGCGUAGUGGUACUGCCCGACUCCUCUCGAGGCCCGGACGGCAAAAUCAAGGAGGAGGACAAAAAGGAGUCGGUGCUGAGCAACGUCGACAUCGACCUCCUCAUGCUGAGCAAAUACGACGCGGCGACGAGGCUGGCUUGCAACUUCCUCACAGCCUUCCUAAAAAAAUGCGGUAGCAAGGGAGAGGAGGUCGACUACCGGCCGCUCUUCGAGAACUUCGUCCACGAUCUGCUGACCACGGUGAACAAACCCGAGUGGCCCGCCGCCGAGCUGAUGCUCAGCUUACUGGGUAAGCUGCUGGUCGGGCACUUCUCCAACAAGAGCUCGGACAUAUCGCUACGAACCGCCUCGAUCGAGUACCUGGGCGUCGUCGCCGCUAGACUGCGCAAGGACGCCGUCAGCUCACACUGUAAGUUGUCCACUAUAGAUCAAAUAAUCUCGGAUAUCAAACUCGAGCAGGCGAGAGACUCCGACUACGACCAGGUGAAAGACAAGGAGAUCCCCGGACUGGACGAGGCCGAGGAGAGGGUCAUCUUUCUGCAAAAGGUUCUUCUGGACUACCUCGCGGUCAAUGCCACCAAGGACUCGGCUCUGGCGUACGCGCGCCACUUUUACCUCGCCCAGUGGUACAAGGAAUGCGCGGUCGACAAGCAGCGAGUCGGCCAACCGAAACACGCGUCACCCAGUAAAAAGUCGCCGAAGAAACGCUCGCGGAAGAAAGGCGGCCGUCACCGGAUCAGCGACAGCGAGGACGAGGACGAGCAGCCCGAGGAGGAGCUCGACCCCGACGAGAACGACAACAACGAGCAGAAGAACUCGGAGAGUUAUCGUAUCAUCGAGGAGAAGAAGAAGCUCAUCAUCAGCAAAAUCCGACUGUGUAGCUCGGGCACGAAGCCCGACAUACUGCAGACUUAUAUCGACUACAACUCGGCCGAGCUGAUAUCCCAGUACCUGGCCUCGACGCGACCCUUCUCUCAGAGCUUCGAUUGCUACCUACAGCAGAUCCUGCGCGUACUCACCGAGAGCUCGAUAGCUAUCCGAACAAAGGCAAUGAAGUGCUUAACAAUGAUCGUCGAGGCUGAUCCCAGCGUACUGGCCCGCGCAGACAUGCAAAUCGGCGUGAAGCACUCCUUUCUGGACAUCUCGACGUCGGUGCGCGAGGCCGCCGUCGAUCUCGUCGGCAAGUUUGUCCUCAGUCGGCCGGAACUCAUCGACAAGUACUACGACAAACUGCUCGCGCGCAUCCUCGACACCGGCGUUAGCGUCAGAAAGCGCGUCAUCAAGAUACUCAAGGACAUCUGCAUCGAGAUUCCGGAGUACCCGAAGGUGCCCGAGAUCUGCGUAAAGAUGAUCAGGCGAGUCAACGACGAGGAAGGCAUCAGGAAGCUGGUGAUGGAGGUCUUCCAGAACAUGUGGUUCACUCCAGUGAAGGAGCGACCGCGUCUCGAUAGUAAGGCUCUGCUGCGCAAGGUCAUGAACAUCACGGACGUUGUAGCUGCCUGCAAGGACAUGGGUCUCGAGUGGUUCGAGCAACUGCUGGUCAGUCUGUUCAAGCCCAAAGAGGACAAGGACGACAGCACGAAACUGGUGACGGAGCCGCCGAAGGCCCUGAUUACCGCCUGCACACAAAUCGUCGACUGCCUUAUCGAGAAUGUGCUCAGACUCGAGGAGAACAAUUUUAACACCGACGAGAAUCCACAGAAGCGUGGCUCCUCGCAACGACUCGUGGCCUGCAUGACGACCCUCUACCUCUUCGCCAAGAUCAGGCCGCAGCUGUUGGUCAACCACGCGAUCACGCUCCAACCAUAUCUAAGCUUGAAGUGCCAAACUCAGGGCGACUACCAGAUCAUCAGCAGUGUUGCGCACACGCUCGAACUCGUCGUGCCGCUCAUGGAACAUCCGAGCGAGACGUUCCUCGCACAACUCGAGGAAGACUCCGUCAAGUUGAUACUUCAGCACGACAGGUCCGUCGUGGCCAGCUGUGUUUCCUGUCUCGGCUCGAUCGUCAACAACGUCACCAAGAACUACAAACUUAUCCGAGACUGCUUCAAUAAGUACUACGGCCACAUGAGAGACUACAAAAAGGUUUUCGAGAAGGACCAAAACGACCCAGUCCUCGUCAAGUACAAGGCCUUCUUUCGCCGAGCCCUCUUUACCGUCGGCCUGCUGCUGAGGCACUUUGACUUCACGAAUCCGCAGGUCAUAGAGGGUUUACCGGAUAACAUCAAGGACCAAGUCUUCGACACGCUUUACUUUUUCGUCGACCAGGGCAACGAGGACUCGCGGCAGUUCACGAUGUCGGCCAUCGGCUCCCUCUGCAUCAGGCAUUACGAGUUCAUGUUAAUGCCCAAGCUGAUGGAUCUGUAUCACCACUACCUCACGUCGGAGUUUGCACCGGUGCAGAUGCGAGUAACGGUCCUCCAGAACAUCGAGUUCUACCUGGCGGAAGAAGAGAAGAGGAUGAUCAAACAGGAUCUCGAGUGGGCCAAGCAAUCGAAGCAGGAGAAUCUUAAAGAGAUGGGCGACGUCUCAUCGGGAAUGGCCAGCACAGUGAUCCAGAAAUAUCUCAACGAGACUCUGGAGUCGUUCCUGCAUGCAAACAUCGGUGUAAGGCACGCUGCCCUCAAAGUAAUCCAGCUGAUCCUGGCCCAGGGUCUGGUGCACCCGGUGACCAUCGUGCCGUACCUCAUCUGUAUGAGCACUGACUGUGAAAAACUAGUGAGUCAUAGCGCCGACAAGCAACUCCAGGACAUCGAGAAGAAGUAUCCAGGCUUCGUGCACACCAAGGCUUCGGUCGGCAUCCGGCUCAGCUACAGGCUGCAGCAGAUUCUGCAAAAGGACCCUACGGUGGUAAGGGGUAUGUACAUAAAGGAGGGCGAGUACCCAAGUGCGCUCAACGGCUUUCUCUACACGAUCCUGAGAAAUACCAAAACGCAGAGGAGAGCCAUCGUCCAGUCGUUCCUGAAGCAGUUCGAAGAAAAUGCCAAGACGAGUCUGUCACAGAUGCUGUAUCUUGCGGACAACCUGGCCUAUUUCUCGUACCAGGUGCAGGACGAGCCGCUCUUCAUAAUUCACAAAAUAGACGUCAAUAUAUCCGUGAACGGCAUGAACUUGCUGCAGUCGUUCAGGGGGGCACUCCUGUCCAAAGACGGUACUCCGCUGCAACCACCUCCGGAGAACGUCGCGGAGGAGGAGCAGCAGCAGGAGCAAUUGCAGCUACAACCACAGAUACCAAUGGACCAACAGAUGCCACAGGCCUACAAUCGGCAACAGCAAUAUUUUAAUCCAGAGACUGGAAUGAUGGCUGAACUGGCAGGUCAAGUUUCGGGAAUGGGACCCCCACCGGUACCGCCUCAACCUUUACUGAAUCAAUCACGACCAAAUCUCUCGACCCUCGAAGAUGAGGAAGAUGAUGAAGAGGAUGUAGAAAGCGUUUUGCAAAGGCUACCGGAGAACACGAGGUUGCUACGAGAAUACAUUACCGCGAGUCAAGGUUUCCUUCUAUUGCUAACGCUGCGUCAACACUUAAAGGACCUUUACGGCUUCUCUGAUGCCAAAAUCAGCCAAUACUCACCUAACGAGUCAGCCAAGGUUUACGAAAAAGCCGUCAAUCGUAAAACUAACCAAUUGUUCAAGCCUAAGAACACACUGCAAAGGCUAAGGGAAAAUAGAAAAGACGACGAAGAACUUGACGAAGAGGGCAGGCGGAAACUCGUGAAAGAGUACCUCGACUUCAAGCAGCUCAUGCUGAAGUUCGAUCCCGAUGAUCCCGACGAGGAAGACGACGCUGAAGGCGGUGGCAGUAAACGAGGGGGCCACGACAGCUCGAGGCAAGAAAGGUCGUCCGAGCCUGACAGGCUCAACGUCUUGACGGCAUCAACAGGGAAUGCUGAUACAAGCCAAGUUCAGUACCAGGUAACGGAACAUCCCAACAACUCAAUGACUCAAAGCCAAGGGCCACCCCGCGUGCCCAAACUCACGAUACACACAAGCCACCACCAUCACAGCUCCGCGGACAAGGAGCAUCGUAAGCACCGAACGCACAAAACGGAAAAACCGAAGAAGCACAAGAAGAAGAAGAGGAGAAGACUGUCGGACAGCAGUGACAGCGGUGACGACUGCAGCGAUCCCGACUAUCAAGGCUGAGUAGUCACGCGGCUCGUCCAACAUUAAAGGUUUUUUUGUAUUUUUGAAUUUCUUUUUUUACAUUUUAAAAACAAACGUUUCCACUGUGCCGGUGCUGGACGCUCGUGUCUCGGGCGACGAGGAGACACUCCUUGCCGCGCUUCGUGAACGAAACCUCGUCUGUGUAUAUAAACGUAGAACUAAGAGAAUGGGAGUGUGCGAGAAAGAUAACAAAAAUAAAGUUAAAUACAUAGAUGCUAAUCACGAAUGUAACAUUGCUUUUUAUUUCUAACGAGAAGGGACAACAAUUCUUUCUCUGGAAUAUUAAGGAAAAGGACCAGCCGACACUCAAUACUGUUUUCUAGAUCCGAUAACGAAGGUAUGAGAGCUAGAGAAAAAUGGAAAGAGUGAAAAAUAGAGAGAAUCUGUGGCGAGACAGGUAAUGUUUAAUUACUGCGUUUUCUAGGAUGAAAUGAAAAACGGUUAAUUGUCGGAUUAUUCUCGGACGCAAAGCUUAGGAGAUAAAUAUUGAAAUAUGAGAUUUAGAGUGAAAGCGUGAAAGGUAGAAGGCAGAGCGAUGGAAGGAACUCGUUGUUUGUAUAAAAGAAUUGAGAAAACAUAUUAUGUACAUAAUGAGAAAAAGAAACAAAUGACAAAUCUUUGACUAAAGUAUAUUAUUUUCUUACACAAAACAAAACGUAGUGGUGAAAAAAUACUUAAAAGCGAUUUCGUUGUAAUAUUAGGUAUUUAUUAUUCAAAGAGUUUACGUUUUCGCUCUCCCACGAAUAUACAUACCUUUAAUAAAAACUCCGAGCUCUCGUCUUUGAUGUAUACGCUAUAUUAUUGUAUUUAACGUUUUAAACGAUAAUGGUGGAGGAAAAGGGCAGUCUUGCUUUAUUUCCGCAAAAAGUGCGAGAGUCUGGAGCAGCACGACGAUCCAAACGAAAAAGCAGUCGCACUUUGUUUUUACGUCCUUUAACAAUUAAACAAUUUUUUGAUUUUUUAAAACUCUUAAAAUUAUUUAUUGCCUUACUGAAUCUUAUGCAUUUUAUAUUUCGUAGAGUUUACAAAUACUUUUUAAGUCGCGUAUUUGGUAAAUAUUCUGCGCAUAUAUGAUUAACGAUAGAUCAAAACUCGUAUUAGGAACGAAAUAAAUAGUUCGAUUUUAUUUUUUCUCAACGCCAGUCUUUUUGCAUGUGGAAUCUGUGGUUGAAGCGUUUUAAUGGUUGGCAGCAUGUUGAUGAAAAUUGCGUUUUUGUUUGUAACCGUUCAAAAUCAAGUAUAUAGGUCUUUAUAAGAAUGCAACAAAUUCAUUACGGAAAGAUAUAUUUAAUAUUAAAGUAAAAGGCAAGCUAACUUUUUUUAAAACUUGCUCACUAUUGGCUGCUUAGACGAACAGCCAAAUGCCGUGAAAAUAAUUGGAUGAGCUUCUUUUUGCAAAAAGUGUGCAAUGAUAGAUCUAUAAGGGUGGAACGACAACGUCUGGUCUCGAUAUGAUGGAUAGCGGAACAAAACUAAUAAUAGGUACGCGCGAAAAUGCCAUGUUUAAAGGUUGAAGAUACAAGAAAUUAAAAGAAGAUAACACAAGAAUUUAAACGAUUGAAGGGAAGAUUGUAACUGUACAAAUUUUCACGCGUGUAUAUAUUUAUUAAAAGUAGCCGCUCGAGAUUGUUGUUUCUUGACGGUGAACAUAAACUACAAAUGAUUAUAUAAAUAAAAGAAAGAAGCAAAGGUAUAUAUACAUACACGGUAUAUAUGAGAGAGGAAAAAUGGAGCGCCGGAGUUUGGAGAAAGACGGGUGAAAGUGAGACAACGAGCGCAAGAGCAGAUAGUUAUACGCGAGAGUGAGAGAGCGCAUCCGUGUGAGAACAUUAAAAAUAUAAGAGAGAGAGAAGGACAUAGUUACUAGCGUAAUAGAGAAAAAAAAUAAUAAGAAUAAGGAAGAGAGCGUUUUGUUUUACACUUUACCCUUCAUUGUAAUAAACCUUUUAGGGAGUACAGUAAAUUCUAUAAAUAAUUAUAUUUCUACGUACGUAUAAUUUAAAAGUUAAGGGCUCUAUUCGUACAUAAGUAUUUCCAUGAGGUGGUCGAUGUAUCGUGUCGAGUAAGGUCCCGGAUGCAAAAUAAUAAAUGAAACUUAUAUGUAGCACCCUAUUCGACGCAAUAAGGAGGCUCGCUUGUAUUAUAACAUUAUCACAUAACGCAUCAACUAUGUUUUUGUAUUUGGUAAUCUAACGAAAGAAUAUCAAUUAACGAGCAGGUUCAUAGAAAGUAUAUUAUAUAUAAAUAUAUAUAUAUAUAUAUACAUAUAUACAUAUAUAUACAUAUAUAUGUGUGUAUAUAUAUAUAUGUAUAUAAGCAUAUAAAUAUAUAUAUAUAAAUUUGAGUAAAGCUGUCCAGUGUUAAUGUUAUCCAUAACGCAAUAAGUUUUUGUGUGUAGUCUAAACCUCAGAAAACAUGAAAUCGUUGUAAAGUUUUAAAUAGAAAAAAAAAGAGUAUGAUGGCGAAGUGAAGGCAAAACGGCAGUUCUGGAUAAGACUUAACGCUCGUUUACUCAUAACUUAUUAUGUACAUCGUCUGAAAGAAAAAGGUACGUUCAUAAAGAAAAAAA